ACACACACACACACACACACACACACACACACACACACACACACACACACACACACACACACUUUCUCCACUUCGUCCAACGUGAAAAAUCCUCCAACACGGCAGUUUAUCCCACCAGAAGGAUUCCUCCAGCGUGGUGGGAAAAAAUCAUCUAACCUGGGUUUGUCCAACGUGAAAAAUCCUCCAACACGGCAGUUUAUCCCACCAGAAGGAUUCCUUCAGCGUGGUGGGAAAAAAUCAUCUAACCUGGGGGGAGAGUCGGGACCUGUCACCGGUUCGUCCAACUUGAAAAAUCCUCCAACCUGGCAGUUUAUCCCACCAGAAGGAUUCCUCCAGCGUGGUGGGAAAAAAUCAUCUAACCUGGGUUUGUCCAACGUGAAAAAUCCUCCAACGCGGCAGUUUAUCCCACCAGAAGGAUUCCUUCAGCGUGGUGGGAAAAAAUCAUCUAACCUGGGGGGAGAGUCGGGACCUGUCACCGGUUCAUCCAACUUGAAAAAUCCUUCAACCUGGCAGUUUAUCCCACCAGAAGGAUGCCUCCAACGUGGUGGAGAUUCCUCCAACUUGGAAACAAGACCCCACACGCACGCACACACACACACACACACACACACACACACACACACACACACACACACACACACACACACACACACACUUUCUCCACUUUAUCCAACGUGAAAAAUCCUCCAACGCGGCAGUUUAUCCCACCAGAAGGAUUCCUCCAGCGUGGUGGGAAAAAAUCAUCUAACCUGGGUUUGUCCAACGUGAAAAAUCCUCCAACGUGGCAGUUUAUCCCACCAGAAGGAUGCCUCCAACGUGGUGGAGAUUCCUCCAACUUGGAAACAAGACCCCACACGCACGCACGCACGCACACACACACACACACACACACACACACACACACACACACACACACACACACACACACACACACACACACACACACUUUCUCCACUUUAUCCAACGUGAAAAAUCCUCCAACGCGGCAGUUUAUCCCACCAGAAGGAUUCCUCCAGCGUGGUGGGAAAAAAUCAUCUAACCUGGGUUUGUCCAACGUGAAAAAUCCUCCAACGUGGCAGUUUAUCCCACCAGAAGGAUUCCUCCAACGUGGUGGAGAUUCCUCCAACUUGGAAACUUGUGUUUGUGUGUGCUUUCACCUGCAAAUUAUUUCACCACCCUCACGUAGCUUGGACUAAAAACAAACAAAAAAAGAGAAAACCGGUCUUACUUAUGAGUUGGUGUUAGGGAGACGCUUGCGUGCCCGCGUUUCCUGCAUGCUUGCGUGCCUGACCCCCUGCUCAUUGGCCUGCCUGCCUGCCUGCCUGCCAGCCUGCCAGCUUGUCUGCCAGCUUUGCGCUCUCUCUUCAUGGCCGCUGCUCGUUUCACCGCCGCACAGGUUCUAGAGCAGAUUUUUUUAAGCCAAUCUAAUGACGACUCUGAACCAGAAGAGGAAUCUGAGGAAGACGUGUCAAGUGAAGAAGAGAAAGAAAAAGGAGAAGCAGAAGAAGCAGAUACAGCAGGACCAGAAACAGAUGAAGGACAAAAAGACAGCGAGGGAUGUGAUCUAAGGCUGGACACUUCAGAUGAAGAAGUUGAUGAUGAAGAAUAUAAUGAUGAUGAUGAUGAAGAAGUUGAUGAUGAAGAAUAUAAUGAUGAUGAUGAUGAUGAUGAAGAUGAUGAUGAAAUAAUAGAAAAUGUGCAAAGACUGGAGCAAAUAGAACUCGAGGAUGAAGAAGAAGAAAAAGAAGAAGAAGAAGAAGAAGAUAAAACUUUUAUCUCUAAAGACGGGAAAAUAAAAUGGUCCUCCGCUGCGUUUCGCAACGGCGAGGAAGCGAGGAACGUCCCUCUUAGUCCUCUUUCUGCCCAGGGACCCACAGAGUACGCGGCGGCUCAGGCGGUCGACUUUGAAUCGACCUUCCGCAUGUUUGUGACCCCGGCGGUGGAAAGGAUCGUCCUGGAGAACACCAACCUGGAGGGCUCUCGAAAGCUCGGGAGCGCCUGGAAGGGCAUGGACGAGGUCGACCUGCGAGCCUACUUGGGCCUCCUGAUUUUGUCCGGCGUCUACAGGUCCCGAGGGGAGGCCGUGGCCAGCCUGUGGGACGCCGAGAGCGGCAGGGCCAUUUUUCGCGCCACGAUGUCGCUCAAGUUGUUUCACGCUUACUCGAAGCUGUUGCGUUUCGACGAUCGCCAAACGAGACCCGCCAGGCGAGCGACGGACAAACUGGCAGCCGUGAGAGAGGUCUGGGACGCGUGGGUGGAGCGGCUGCCCAGCCUCUACGACCCGGGUCCUAACGUGACGGUGGACGAGCAACUGGUACCUUUCAGAGGUCGUUGCUCUUUCAGACAGUACAUGCCUAGCAAGCCAGCAAAAUACGGCCUCAAGUUUUGGGUGGCGUGCGACGCCAAGUCCAGCUACGCUUGGAAGAUGCAGCUUUACACAGGCAAGCCAGGAGGAGGAGGAGGAGGAGGAGGAGGAGGAGGAGGAGGAGGAGGAGAAAAGAGAGCUUCUGAAAAAAAGCAGGGCCAGCGGGUCGUGCUGGACGUCACAGAAGGGCUCGCCGGGCCUCGCAACGUGACGUGCGACAACUUUUUCACUUCCUACGAACUGGGCCAGCGGCUCCUGCGCAGGGAGCUCACCAUGCUCGGUACGGUUCGCAAGAACAAGCCGGAAUUGCCGCCGGCGCUCCUCUCGGUCAAGGGCAGGAGCGCCUUCUCCUCCGCGUUUGCCUUCACUCCCAGCACCGUCCUGGUGUCCUACGUGCCCAAGAAAAACAAAAACGUGAUCCUGAUGAGCACGCUACACUCGGCCGCCACGGCCGCCGACGACGUCCUCCUCGUCGACGCAGGACGGCGGGACAAAAAGCCCUUUGCCGUCCUAGACUACAACGCCACCAAGGGAGGCGUAGACAACCUGGACAAGGUGAUAGGAACCUACAGAGGCAGCCGGUAAAAGUGUCUACCCCCACCGUGUUUGGGUUUCAAAUCUGCCGCGUCAGUGGCGGGUUUGUACUGCAGGAGGAGUGUGUUACGUCCUUCUGGCCUGUAGGUGGCGAUUGACUCCCACUUUUGGUCCUGAAACAUCGUAGUUGCUUACGUCAUAUAGGCUCUUGUAGAACAACCAAUGAUCAGGUCUUUGGUGGCCUAGUGGUUAACGUGCAUGGCCACAACGUUUUUUUUUUGUCCGGGGUUCGAGUCUGAGUGGAAGCAGUUUUUUUAUUUUAAUUAUUGGAAAAACAGCGUCUCAUCAUCAUCAUGUGAUCACGAGAUGACAACGUUGUAUUACUUAGUGCAUGAAUCGCCAAGACCAUGAACCGCUGGUCGCGUUAUAGUAUGAAGUUAUGAACGUAAGUAAAUUAUGGCAAAUUAUGGCAGUUUAAAACCGAAAAUAGGAAGCUGAACGGUGCGCCCUCCCGCGUGCAGCGUUCGAUUUAUGGCAGACAAGCUACUGUAACCCUGAUUUCUUGCUGUUGGUACGGGCAAUUUUCUUUACGUGGAAUGCUUCUUUAAUGCACCACACGGCAAGACAGUACGGCGCAUGUACACUUUUUUCUUUACGCCGCUCUCACCCAACGCGCGUCACAUUUUCUUGUCCCCCGUCAACAAGGACAGGUAGGAACUAAUGUUGAUGACAAAUAAAAUCACAGUAGCUGAAAUGUCACGUUUCCCAAACAUAAAAUAAAAAAAAUAAAAAGGAAUACUAACUAAGGUUACACUACUACAAUUUAAAAAAGUGAAUAAGGAUGAUCUAGACCAGAGGUCUGCCACCGGUAACACCCACGUUUUAAAUGAAAAAAACAAA